AUGAUCGACAAGAGUGCUGUGGCCAUUGCCACACAAUAUAGUUGUGCUGAGAUGGAUAUUCUGCCCUUGGGCAAACCUUCCCAGCAGGGCCAUGUACCUUCACCCAGAUUUGGGCACACUUUUACUAGCGUCGGCGGGGGAAAAUUGCUUUUGUUUGGUGGUGCAAUUGGGGACACUGGGCGUUACAUAAUUACUAACGAAACAUACAUUUAUGACACUAAUAUUUGCACUUGGACUAAACUUGUAUCAGAGAAUCCGCCAUCAGCCCGCGCUGCUCAUGCCGCGGCGUGCGUUGACACUAAACAGCUAGUUAUUUACGGAGGAGCCACCGGGGGCGGUUCAUUAUCAUCUGAUGAGCUAUACCUGUUGGAUCUGAGCAAAGACCCUACCAAUGCGCAAUGGAUGGUCGUCCCUAUUACAGGUGGGACACCUGGGAGGAGAUAUGGCCAUGUACUGGUGUAUAUUAGACCAAAUAUUAUACUUUUUGGCGGUAAUGAUGGACAAAAGAAUACCAACGACGUGUGGUUUAUGGAUGUGGAGAGGUCACCCUUCACUUGGAUUCAAGUAAACCUCGAACCCGGGGCAAAGAGGCCCGAGAAGAGAGUUUAUCACUCUGCAGAUGUAUGCCGAUUAGGCCCCGCCAUGGGGAUGAUGGUGAUUUUUGGCGGACGAUCCAGUGAUAGCAAAUCAUUAAAUGACAUAUGGGGACUUAGGCAGCAUAGGAAUGGCAAAUGGGAUUGGGUUGAGGGACCUUCAAGAAGCGGAUACAUACCCGAUGCCAGAUACCAGCAUUCUGCCAUUUUCAUUGGCACCAAUAUGGUCAUAAUAGGGGGAAGAAAUGAUAAUGACUGCACAUUAGUCCUACCAUGCGCCGUUUACGAUACUGAGACUAUUGAUUGGAAGAAAUUAUCUCCAAUUUACAGAUUCCGCCACGGAGCAUGUUUGUAUAAGUCUAUAGUAUACAUAUUUGGCGGUUUCACUAAUCAGACUCAGCAAAGGCCAAUUGGCGAGCUUACGGCCUUAGAUUGCUCCUUCACCUACAAGGUGGACCUAGAACAAUCUAGUCCUACGUUGGAUCAAGUAGUUAGGUCCACAAUGGCCAUAUCCAUUAAACCAAAAGACGCUCCCACAAUUAAUGUUGUGGCAGACGAUAAAAAAUCGGACAUAAAACUGGCAUCGCAUGCUCACGCUGUUAAGGAGUCGGAAUUUGACUUUUCCAAGAUGGUUCGCAAGAUUUCAAUCGACCGACUUGAGGAUGAGGGGAGGAAGAUCGACAAGCUGUUGGCCAAUAAGCUUAUGACCAAGGCCCCUGUGCUAACCAACUCGGUUUACGAUUAUGUACUACAAACUCUGCUAAAGCCGAACGUUACGAUGGAGGAUAUGAAGAGCAUUCACGAUAGAGAUACAAUGUUCCUCGUUUCUUGGUCAGAUCUCUCAGAGUUGUGCAAAAAAACGCUGCAGUUGGUUCAGAAUGAUCCGAUGGUGUUAGAACUUAGGGCGCCAGUUAAGGUGUACGGAGAUAUUCAUGGCCAAUACUACGACCUAAUGCGCCUUUUCCGCCUAUACAAAUGCCCCGUCGAAGAAGACAUUUCGGAUGUUUUUGGCGGUGUGGGCGACUUGGACUCCAAUGACUAUUUAUUUCUGGGAGACUAUGUGGAUAGGGGCUCUAAUUCUCUAGAAGUUAUAGCACUAUUAUUCGCACUCAAGUGCAAGUAUCCCAAUCAGAUACAUUUGCUUCGUGGCAACCACGAAGAUGCAGCAAUUAAUUCCAUAUACGGCUUUCAAGAUGAGUGUAGGAAGAGAUUGCACGAGGAUCCAAACAAACCAGAUUCUAUAUGGAACAGUAUUAACAGGGUGUUUGAAUGGUUACCUGUUGGAUCUAUAAUUGAUAAUAAGAUUUUAGCCGUGCACGGGGGCAUUGGGAAGAGCAUUAAAUCAGUACAGGAUAUCGCAAACCUUCCCAGGCCCCUGGAAGUAGCAGCCAUUCCCCAAACGGAAAAGGACCAAAUUGUUAUGGAUCUACUCUGGUCCGAUCCUACCGAUUCCGAUAACAUCCUUGGCACCAUGGUGAAUGACGUUAGAGACCCCGAAGGACUAGGAUACAUCGUCAAAUUUGGCCCAGAUAGAGUAGAGGAGUUUCUAAAAGACAAUAACCUCCAAAUGAUAAUCAGGGCACAUGAGUGUGUAAUGGACGGUUUUGAACGUUUUGCCGGGGGCAAACUGAUUACGUUGUUCUCUGCCACAAAUUAUUGUAACCACCAUAAAAACGCUGGCGCACUUUUAUUCGUACGCCGCGAUUUGACCAUAGUGCCAAAGCUAAUAUACCCCCACAACGCCGACGUCAAGGUCAAGGCCUUUGGUGCAUGGGACAUGAGGAUGGCAGAACUGCGCCCUCCCACUCCGCCACGAUCGUAUUUUGUUAAUACCAUCUGA